AUGGCUGAAUCUGAGUUUAGUACGCAAGACAUGAAAGCAGAAGACAAGCACACUGAACAUGUGCUGGUUUCGAGUGAUGUCGAUAAAAACGAUAGCAUAGUAGGUGGCGCAACAAAUACCAAUGUCGAUGAUUAUAUCUCCAAGUUCUUGGAGAUGUCGGAAGAUGCUCGUGCUAAUGAUCAAAAAGAAAAGCAAAUGACUUUGAAAGAAGGUAUCAAAACUUUUCCAAAAGCUAUUGCUUGGUCGUUGAUUUUGUCCACCGCUUUGAUUAUGGAAGGUUAUGAUACAUGUUUAUUAGCGAGCUUCUAUGCUUUUGAUGGUUUCAAAAAGAAAUUUGGUGAUUAUUACCCCGAUCUUGAUGAGUAUCAAGUGCCAGCAAGAUGGCAAAAUGGUUUGUCAAACAGUGUCAACUGUGGUCAGUUGAUUGGUUUGUGGUUGGCCAGUAUGUUUGUUGACAAGAUUGGAUAUAGAAAGACAUUGAUGCCGGUAUUAGCCAUUUCAGUUGGCUUGAUAUUUAUUCAAUUCUUUGCCCCAAAUCGUGAAGUUUUGCUUGUUUCUUAUAUUUUAUUGGGUAUUAAUUGGGGUUCGUACCAAACAGUUACAGUCACAUACGCUUCAGAAGUUGCCCCUGCCAGUUUGCGAGUGUACUUGACAACAUAUGUGAACUUGUGUUGGGUUCUUGGUCAAUUAAUUUCUGCCGGUGUCAUUAAGGGAAUUUCAAAUAUGACGAGUGAGUAUUCUUAUCGUAUUGCUUAUGGUAUUCAAUGGAUUUGGCCAAUUCCUAUUUUGAUUGGGGUAUAUCUAGCACCCGAGUCCCCUUAUUUUCUUGUCAGGAAGGGAAGAAUCCAAGAAGCUAAGCAUGCAUUAUCCAGGUUAUUGACCACAAACUCCUAUUUGCCAGACAAAAGUAUAGUUGUGGAAAGCAUGGUUAGCAAGAUCCAAUUGAUUGUCAAGGAAGAAGACGCCGUUAGUGAAGGAUCAACAUUCAAAGAUUGUUUCAAAGGAACAAAUAGU